UUCAAUUAUUGCAAGUAAACAACUUUAACUGCAAGUAUCAAAAUACUUGACAUUUGCAUGCAUGAAAAACGUUGAAUUGAAACUUCGUUUUAAGCACGUCGGUAACUCGUGUCACGUGAUAAUUUCAACAAAAGGUUACCCAUCCGAAUGGGUUCACCGAGCGGAAAAAUCUCUUUAUUGCACUAUUCUGAAAGAUUGGAUAAAAACGAAAUAGCAAGGUAAAACGAAGUUUAUGUGAAUACAGACGUGAAGUGUUGACUUUUUUACCGUACAAGAAAUAUAUCAGAAAAUGUUACGUGUGGUGUUAUCAUUUUGUUUGUUGAGCAUUGUGACUGCCGAGAUGGUAGGGUACAACGACGACAAUGAAUGGUGGGCAUUUCAGUGGUACAUGGGAGAACCAUUCCGCUUCAAAUGUCAGUUAUCCGUUCUCAACUUAACAUCUAAUAAUAGGGUGGUAUGGGAUACGCCUACUAAAAUGUCCUUACCAACGGAAUAUAGCGAUGAGGAUUAUAAAGUAGAGACAGUAGAUAACAUUGCGAACGUGGAGCUUCUGGUGAAGAAAAUAAGAGAAGAGAAUCACGGGGUGUAUACCUGCAAAGUUUAUGAAAACAAAAAUACCCGAGACAUGACUGCGAAGGUCGUAUACGGGUUGAAUAUUCAUAGUAAGAAAUACCGGGACAUGACAGAUAAAUACAGGAGUAACAUCAUUGUUGCUUUUGUAGCAACGGCUGUCUUUAUUGUUCCCGUGGCAACCAUUUUAUUGCUAUGGAACUUCCGAUAUGAGGCGAGAAUGGAGACAUCUGGUAAGAGAGGUAGAAUGUAUGUUGAAAAUGGAAAGAAAGAGCCGCCUACAUACACUAUCGCAGCAACGGUGAUGUCCCCGGAAGGAGAGGGGGCGUACGAUAACUUAAAUGACCCAGAUGACCUCUCUACACAACUAUAAGUUUUCACAAUUUUCUUGCUGAUUAUUUUGCACUUUUCUAAUUUUUAUUGUAAAAGUCCGACAUGAUAACUAUUUUAUUCAGUACAGCUGCUUUUUAGUAUACAUGUAUGUUAUUCUUACUAUUUGAAGUAGUGCUUUCAAAAAAAAAAAAGGAAUAAAAAGUGCAUAUAUUGGAAUAAGUAAUAUAAGAACAAGUUUCACACGUGUGUUUUAUAAGUGUAUAGAAAUGACGUACAAUUGUGUAUCUAUCAUACAUGUUCGAUUCGUAACCAUGAAAGACAAAGGGAGACAACCUACAUAAACUCAUAUGCAACGAAGUUUGAUAAAUAAAAAAUACAGAGUAAUCUUCAGGUGCCGAGUUACCCAGGCAAAUAUUUGUAAUUUGUGUAUUGUAAUGGUUUGCUUCAUUGAAUUUUCGAGCAUAUUUUGUGAAAGAAAUAUCACAUAAACCUGUCAUCAAUAUAUAUUUACCGACAUUAAAUACUGUUGUUUAAAUAUAUUUUCAAGUUUAAGAGUUUGAAUUUGCAGGUUUUACAACUAAUGUUUCACUUUUAUAUAGGAAAUAUUCGUGUACUUCUGAUACCAAUGCAUUUACCAUAUAUUUCAAGAAGUAGAUUUUUUAGUUUUACAUGUAUCAUAUUUUGUAAUAAAACAUUAAUAUAG